UAAAUAUCUGUUUAUUGGUACAAAUGAUCAGCCCUAAGUUUUUGAUACUGUAAACAGGCUAACGAACGAAACAGGAUGACCGUAUUUACGCACCGCUCCGCGCGUUUGAACCUUGAUACUGUUCUCUCCCAAUGACUAAACUUACUAUCUGCAUUGACCGUGGAGGCACAUUUACGGACUGCAUUGGAUUUACCGGAAAGCCUGGAGAAGAAAACUACAAAGAAUAUGUUGUAAAACUCCUUUCGGAAGAUCCCGCUAAUUAUAAAGACGCUCCUCGUGAAGGCAUUCGGCGCAUUCUCGAAAGAGCCCUGGAAACGACGAUCCCAAGAACUGACCGGGUCCCCACUGACAAUAUUGAUAGCAUUCGAAUGGGAACCACUGUGGCCACUAAUGCUCUGCUGGAACGAAAAGGAGAACGCUGUGCGCUUCUAAUCACCAAAGGCUUCAAGGAUUUACUGAAAAUAGGGAAUCAAUCUCGACCCAAAAUUUUUGAUUUGGCAAUCGAAAAACCGGACGUUUUGCAGGAGUGUGUUGUUGAAGUGGAUGAGCGGGUCACGCUGCUUCAUUCAACUUCUAAUACGGAGAAGCUCGAACAAGAUGUAGAAGGAAGAGACGAUAUUGUUCGCGGCCUCUCUGGAGAAUAUGUACACAUUAUGAAGAAGCCAAAUCUUGAACAGAUCGAAAAGGAUUUGACUCAAUUGUAUGAGGCUGGCUAUAGAAGUAUCGCCAUCUGCCUUAUGCACUCGUAUACAUACCCAGAGCAUGAGAAGCAACUUGGUGAACUUGCUUCAAAUGUGGGAUUUACUCAUAUUUCGCUCUCGAACGAGAUUAUGCCUAUGAUCAAGAUUGUACCAAGAGGCACAUCAACCACAGCAGAUUCGUAUCUGACACCGUGCAUCCAAAAUUAUAUCAAAGGGUUUGUCGACGGUUUUGAUGACGGUCUUAAAAACGGAGCGACUUCCCUUCAGUUCAUGCAAAGUGAUGGCGGGUUAGUGCCUGUCGACAAUUUCUCUGGCUUCAGGGCUAUUCUCUCUGGUCCUGCAGGAGGUGUAGUUGGAUAUGCCUUAACAACGUACUCUGACCAACAAAAGCAACCUGUUAUCGGUUUUGAUAUGGGUGGUACUAGCACAGAUGUGUCUCGUUUCGAUGGACAUUAUGAACACGUGUUUGAAACCACUACUGCUGGCGUUACCAUUCAGGCACCACAGUUGGACAUUAAUACUGUAGCAGCUGGAGGUGGCUCUAUGCUCUUCUAUAAAAACGGCAUGUUUGUCGUUGGUCCAGAGAGCGCCGGUGCACACCCUGGUCCUGCUUGCUACAGGAAAGGAGGUCCACUAACCGUGAGUGAUGCCAAUUUAUACCUGGGUCGCUUGUUACCUGAUUACUUCCCUAAGAUUUUUGGUACAAACGAAGAUGAACCCUUGGACUCAGAAAUUACCGUCAAAAAGUUCGAGGAGCUUGCUAAGAAAAUCAAUGCAUCCACUAAAGGAACUCCCAAAUCUGUCGAUGAAAUUGUGUAUGGCUAUAUCAAAGUUGCCAAUGAAACAAUGUGCAGACCCAUUCGAGCCCUUACGGAAGCUAAAGGUCAUGAUACCAGUAAUCAUACAUUGGCUGUCUUUGGUGGUGCUGGAGGUCAGCAUGCAUGCGGUAUCGCAAGGAAUCUUGGUAUCCGUCAAAUCGUUAUGUACCGCCAUAGCUCUAUUUUAUCUGCAUUUGGCCUCGCCCUUGCAGAUGUUGUUCACGAAGUUCAAGAACCAUCUUCAGAAACGCUCAGCAAGAGUUCACUACCCAAACUCAAAGAACGCAUCUCAGUAUUGAGAGAAAGCUGCCAACAGGAGCUGAGCAGACAGGGCUUCUCAGACUCACAAAUUUCCAAUGAAGUUUACCUUAAUCUGAGAUACGAAGGUACUGAUUGUGCGCUAAUGACUCUGCAACCAGUCGGACAGGCCGAUGAAUGGGACUUCGAAGGGGAAUUUGUCAAGUUGUACAAGCAAGAAUUUGGAUUCUACUUGCCUGAUCGUACUAUUAUCGUUGAUGACAUUCGUAUCCGCGGCAUUGCUAAGGCCAUUGAACAUAAUGAGCUCACCAUGAUCAAGGAAACACAGGAAUUGAAGCAAUCUAACAAGAUUAAGGACAUCGACCCUACCAUUAAGAAUGGAGUGUGCUCUGCGUAUUUCGAAACUGGCCGUGAUGACUCGGUCCCCAUAUAUCUUCUUAAUGAAAUACCAGUUGGAUCGGUUGUCAAGGGUCCUGCCAUGAUUAUUGAUGCAACUGCAACGAUUGUGGUCGAGCCUGCUUGCAGUGCUUUAGUUACUUCUCAGCAUGUUACCAUUACUGUCGGUGACGAAGAUCACAAGAAGGUGACAACAGAGAUGGAACCCAUUCAACUUUCAAUCUUCUCCCACCGCUUUAUGAGUAUCGCUGAGCAAAUGGGUAGAACUUUGCAAAAGACUGCAAUUAGUACCAACAUCAAAGAGCGCUUAGACUUCUCAUGCGCAUUGUUCGGAGCCGAUGGUGGCCUCGUUGCUAAUGCACCACAUAUCCCUGUCCAUCUUGGUGCGUUGAGCCACGCAGUCCGCUGGCAGACUAGUUACUAUGGAGAUGAUUUGAGGGAAGGAGAUGUUAUCAUGACCAAUCACCCUGCUUGUGGUGGAUCCCAUUUACCAGAUAUUACCAUCAUCACACCAGUGUUCCAAGACGGGAAGAUUGUCUUCUUUGUAGCAUCCAGAGGCCAUCACGCUGACAUUGGUGGAAUCUCUCCUGGCUCUAUGCCUCCCCAUUCUAAAGAACUUUAUCAAGAGGGAGCUGCGGUCCGAUCAUUCAAAAUCGUACAAAAGGGUCAAUUUGAUAACGAUGGUGUCGUGAAGCACUUGUGUGAGAUACCUUCUCAGUAUCCUGGAUGUUCUGGUACUCGCUGUCUACGUGAUAAUGUUUCUGAUUUAAAGGCACAGAUUGCAGCAAAUCAGAAAGGAAUCAAUCUCAUCCAUGCCUUGAUCAAAGAAUACACUCUGGAAGUGGUUCAAGCAUAUAUGUACCAUAUUCGUAACAAUGCCGAAAGUGCCGUCCGUAACUUGCUUAAGGAAGUUGCUGAGAAGCACCGUGGUCAAGAUCUAGUCGCUGUUGACUACAUGGAUGACGGCUCCCCCAUCAAACUUCGUGUUUCCAUCAAUGAACAAGAAGGAACCGCUCUGUUUGAUUUUGAGGGCACUGGUCCAGAAGUAUACGGCAACACAAAUGCACCUGAAAGUGUGUGCCAUAGUGCUAUCAUUUACUGUCUUCGCAGUCUUGUCGGAAUGGAUAUUCCAUUGAACGCUGGAUGUUUGGAGCCUGUGGAAAUUCGCAUUCCAAAGAGUUCACUGCUCAGUCCCUCAGAAAAAAGUGCGGUGGUGGGAGGAAACGUUCUUACCAGUCAACGUAUUUGCGAUGUUGUGCUCAAAGCAUUCAAUGCUGCCGCCGCUAGCCAAGGUUGCUGCAACAACCUGACCUUUGGUAUCGGUGGUAAAGACGAAGAAACCGGUGAAGAGAAAUCAGGUUGGGGUUACUAUGAGACCAUUGCCGGUGGCAGUGGAGCCGGUAAAGAUUGGGAAGGCCAGAGUGGAGUUCACACUCAUAUGACCAACACCAGAAUCACCGAUCCAGAAAUAUUAGAGCGUCGUUAUCCUGUCAUUCUACGUGAAUUCUCUAUCCGUGCAGGUUCAGGCGGACAGGGUGCUAAUAACGGAGGUGAUGGUGUCGUCCGGGAUAUCGAGUUCUUGGAACCUAACAUUCACGUCUCGAUUCUAUCGGAGCGCCGCGUAUUCCACCCGUAUGGUUUGCAAGGUGGUGAGGAUGGCGAAUGUGGACGCAACCUCUGGAUUCGAAAGCGUGAAGACGGAGAGGUUCAAGUAUUGAACCUUGGUGGUAAAAACACUGCUGUCUUUGGAAAGGGUGAUCGAAUCGUCAUUUUGACCCCAGGUGGCGGUGGCUGGGGUAAGCGACAAGCUGAAGAACAAGAAUCAACAGCAAAGACGCUUGCCAAAAAGCUUCUACCUACUAGCAUCUUAAAGGCUGGAGGAAGCCUUGGCGAAUACAAGGCUAUGUCUGAAAGUGCCUAAAGUAUGCCAUUGGUGCAAUGCCAUAUAUUUUUUUACUACCAUUGGAUCAAUACCUUGAUACAUGCAAACAAUAAAAUAAAAGUAAAAAAAAAAAUAUUAUGAUCCAUAGCCCAACGAUGGUUUCUAGA